AUGAAAUUGCUCCUUUGGUGCGCACUAUUUGUGCACAUCGCCAUGGUGGCGGCUAGAUCAUGGAAUCCGAAACAUCAACGAUUCGAUGACAUGCUUCUUGAAACCCAAGGGUUUCGACCACGCUUGUCCCCGUACCGUCGCGAUCGCCGUGAUUAUACCGACCGAAUGGUCUGCAAAAACAUUGAGACCGAUAUUGUUCGCGAUCUGAUGGAGCUCAUUUGCUCAACGUGCCAUGAGCUUCAAUCGCACUUUGAGCCGGACACACGUCCGAAAUGCAGAGAGGAUUGCUUCAACAACAAUACGUUCCGUCGCUGUCUCAAACUUUUUACCGCAGUACCAUCAAGGGAAUACCGCAAUGAUCCAUUUGCGCCGGUCUUACUCUAUUCGACCAAGUCUGAAUAUGUUAACCGAAAGUAA